UCACCAACUAAUACAUAAAGGACAGAAGCCUUACUCCUGCUCUGACUGUGGGAAAUGCUUCAUUAACUCAUCUCAAUUAACCAUUCAUCAGAGAGUGCACACUGGAGAGAAGCCUUACUUCUGCUCUGACUGUGGAAAGAGUUUCUCCCUUGGAUACCUUAAAAGUCACCAAUUAAUACAUAAAGGACAGAAGCCUUACUCCUGCUCUGACUGUGGGAAUUGCUUCAUUAAAUCAGCUAAAUUAACCAUUCAUCAAAGAGUGCACACUGGAGAGAAGCCUUACUCCUGCUCUGACUGUGGGAAGAGCUUCACAACAUCAAGGGCUCUGACAGUUCAUCAGAAAAUGCACACUGGAGAAAAGCCUUACUCCUGCUCUGACUGUGGGAAAUGCUUCAUUAAUUCAGCUAAAUUAACCAUUCAUCAGAGAGUGCACACAGGAGAGAAGCCUUACUCCUGCUCUGACUGUGGAAAGAGUUUCUCCCGAUUGGAUACCGUAAAAAGUCAUCAAUUAAUACAUAAAAGACGUAAGCCUUACUCCUGCUCUGACUGUGGGAAGAGUUUUUUUCUCCACUGGGCAACUAAAAACCCCCACCAACAUAUACAUAAAGGAGAAAAGCCUUGCUCCUGCUCUGACUUUGGGAAAUGCUUCAAAACAUCAGGUAAAGUUAAUCGUUGA